AUGCAAGCGGAUCGCGGCUUCACACUCAGCCACCAAAAGGUGGCCCUAGAGCUUGGAUUUAGCGGUGUGCUGGCAGGGUUUACGGAAUUGACGAUUGUGCCGUCCAAUGUCGCGCUGCGUCACAUCUAUCUCCAUGCCCGAUGCAUGGACAUUCAACGUGUGCUGUGCAAUGGGCAAGAGGUCAGAUUUGAGCACACAGACGCUGUCCAGUCUCUUGCGCUCUCUGAUAUUCAUGGCCAUGCCCAGCUGAAGCGCGACUUGUUUUCUGCGACGAGUCAGGGCGCUGAGGGUGAAUUGCGCAUCUCGCUACCAGACCAUUUGCGUCCAGAGCGCGUAUCCUCUGGCACAGAAGGAAACGCAGAUGGUGAAGAGUUUUCUAUGAUGACGAUUCGGAUCGACUAUGUCCUCGAGGAUGUUCACGAAGCGAUUCAGGUCAUUCAGCCUACAGCCGAUGCACCGUACCGCGUACCGCACAUGUAUACGCGUCCAUUGGGUCUGAACAGCUCGAGAUGUUGGGUGCCUUGUCUAGACUCGCUCUGGGACCGAUGCACCUGGGAGCUGGAAUAUGUGGUGCCGCGUCGCCUGUCGGUGGACAUGGGUGAUCUGGAUGAUGAGACGCCUGAAAUCUACGUGAUAUCGUCAGGUGAGCUCACUGAGCAUGCUAUGCAUCCUCAAAACCCAGAAAAGUCCGUGUUCUACUACACGCAGCAAGUCGCCACAUCCGUGCAGCAUGUGGCAUUUUGUGCUGGUCCGUUUGUUAUGACACGCCUCUCGCCUGCUGGCUUGCAGACUUGUGAGACCCUGUCAUUUUGUUUACCGGAACAUGAGCAUGAACUUCGUUCUACAACGCAGUUCGCUUGGCAAGCCAUUGAAUAUAUCAGCAGCGAGUACGGCUCAUACCCCUUUGGCUCGUUUAAGCUUGUGUUCGUGGACGGCACGCAUGAAGACUGUCACACGGCGAGUACAUUGGCUAUUUGCUCCAGUGAUUUAUUGCAUCCGCCCUCUGUGAUUGAUCAGGCAUUUGAGAACCGCCACAUUCUGAGCCAUGCCGUUGCAUUCCAAUGGGUCGGUAUAAAUAUCAUCCAAAAGACAUGGGCUGAUACUUGGCUCAUACAUGGUCUGAGCCAAUACCUCGCAUCCAUGUUUCUGCGAUGGUUGCUGGGCAACAAUGAGUACCGCUUCCGAAUGAAAAAAGACUGUGAUCGCCUAUGUCAUUGGGACAUUGGCAUGCCGCCUUUGUACCAAGCAGGCCGUGACGAGCCACUAGAUCCACAGCUCUUGUCUUUUGUCAAUUUAAAGGCGCCACUGGUUCUUUACCUUUUAGACCGUCGCCUGUGCAAAAUGGGCGCAUCAUUGGGCUUGGGCCGUGUGAUUCCCAAGGUGUUUCUGCAGGCUAUAACGGGAGAAAUGUCAAACAAUGCUCUUGGGACACACAGUUUUCUGCGUACCUGCAAGAAAGUAAGCAGUGCUGAUUUACGCCUUUUUAUGGACCAAUGGAUCAACGGCAGUGGGUGCCCCCGAUUUAUAUGCACCGCCACGUUCAACCGAAAGAAGCUAUUGAUUGAAAUGCAUGUGCACCAAGAAUCUCCCGCACAUCUCUAUGCCCAAGCACAGCCUGAGAAUGCACUGGCAUCCAAUCCCGUCUCGCUUUGGGAAGGCCAAAUGACUGUUCGCAUUCAUGAAGCAGAUGGCACACCUUAUGAGCAUGUGCUUGACAUAAAAAGUGAACAUCAGCGAUACGAUGUACCUUUUAACACCAAGUACAAGCGUGUACGCCGAAACACGAAACGAUUCCAAGCCCGUCAAGCCGCUGCCGCAGCAGCCGCAGCAGGUGAUGAAGACGCAGCGGAGGCUAUUGGUAUGAUUGAUCUGGGCUUUGGUCUCGGUAUGUGGGAAGAUGAAGAAGAACGCAAGCGCUGGCGCGUGGCUGAUUGGACUGAGGAAGACGAAGCUAUUAUGGCCUCGGCGCCAUACGAAUGGAUUCGUCUCGAUGCUGAUUUUGAAUGGAUGGCUCAGAUUCAAUUUGAGCAGCCUGAUUAUAUGUGGGUAUCGCAGCUCCAGCGUGAUCGAGAUGUUGUGGCUCAGCUUGUAGCUGUACAUGCUCUGAGUCAAAUGCCCAGCCUCAUUACCAGCAGUAUGCUGACACGAACGGUCCUAGUGACAAAAUACUUUCAUCGCAUUCGGGCUGAGGCGGCGUACGGACUAGCCAACUGCGCAUUGCCACACCUCGACUUGCUUGGUCUUUUUCACUUGCUCCUGCUAUUCCGAACGAUGUACUGCUUGGACGUGCCCCAUGAGGUCGACUCGACGUCCAUGGAUGCUCUCUGUAUUCCAAAACCCAACAACUUUAGCGACAUGACGGACUAUUUUGUGCGCCGCGCUUUAAUUCAUGCGAUUGCUCGCGUGCGUGACCACAGAGGCCGGGCCUUGCCGAUCGUACAGAGGUUUCUUGUCUAUCUUUUGCGCUACAAUGACAAUUCUACCAACCAAUUCGUCGACGACUACUAUUUGGCGAGUAUUAUCAAUGCGCUGGCCAGCACGCUCAUUCCUGUUGACACGGUUGGAUACUCAACACAUGCCGAUGAGUCGUACACGCCUGAAGAAAUGCAGCUGCGUUCCGCUGCGAUACAGGAAGUCGAGCGUCUUCAGGCGCUGGAUCGCCUUGUACCAUCAUUUCACAAUGUGAUUACACUCGCUGCCCUUGAUUUUCAACAGGCCCUUGUAUUUGCCAAUCUUCGACCCUUGGAGCUGAUGCAAUUUGUUGAGUACACUCGUGAGGGCAACUUCACACCUGUGCGUAUGGCGGCCUUCAACGCGCUACUCCUGUUUCAUGGACUUCAACACAAGGUCUUGACCCGUUAUUACUUUGCUGUGUUGGCCUCUGAUGAAGACCGUGUGGUUCGCACGGAAUUAGCCCGUGGCUUGUGCGAUGCAUUGGCCGUGGCAGUGGCCAUGGGUGAGCUAGGCAUAACACGCCAGCGCCAUGAGAUGCUGCAAGAAGGCGACCCUUCGGCCAACCAUGCUGAUCAGGAAGCUAUGCUAGCAGAAGAGGCUGCACAAAAUGAGCAAAUGAUCAAGGUGUUUCGGCGUGAAAUUGGACGUUCUGCCUCUGUGCGGGAUGGCUUUCUGGCCGCAUUCCAGUCUAGUAAAGGAAAUUUUCGAACACGCAUGGCUUUGCUGCGCUUAGCAGAAUUGCUGUUCAAGCCUGUGGAAGAUACCAAGAAACCUGCUGAUCGCACCGCCGCCUCAUCUGGUAGUGAGCAGACAGGUGCUAUGCGCAUUCGUCUUAUGAUCAAGAAUGCCCCGCAGCGUGAAAAGCAAACGGCUCCGCAUACUCUGCGUGUCGUAUUGCCCAAGAGUGCCAAAGCGAAAAAACCCAAGGCUCCUGAGCCUGGUCAAGCCAUGGGUAUGUUUACAUCGGAUUUGAGUGCGUGUCGUAUGUGCAUACAAAAACUUAUGGCCAACAAACAUUGCGAGCCUUUUAUUCGUCCUGUGGAUCCUGUGCGUGAUGAAGCGCCUGACUACUUUGAUGUUAUCAAGGAGCCGAUGGAUCUAAGCUCUGUGUCGAACAAAUUGGAAUCGGGUCAGUACCGUGAUCGAUUCCAGUUCGCCGACGAUAUCCAUCUAAUUUUUCGCAAUGCUAAAACAUAUACACCUGACCCAAAAGCCUGGAUCCACUAUGAAGCUUCGCGUUCCGAGACGGCUUUUCGUCAAUUGUGGAAUCGCAUCAGUAAAACUUUGGAACAGGCUGCAGCUCGGGCAGAAAAGUUGCAUACAGAAGAGCCAGAGUCGGACUCGCGACCCGAGGUCUCGAAGACAAGCGCCGAAGAACCCAAGCCCCCUGCAGAGGUGGCGCCUAAGAAGAUCACUCUUAAGCUGAACCGUCACAAAGGCGAGAAGAGAGCUGCAGCAGAAACCCCACCUCGGCCUCCCCUAAAAAUCAAGCGACAGCGCUCUGAUGCUGAACAAGCACCUAGACAAGACGAGGUAUCUGCUGAAAAGACAGACCCACAAAUGGCCAAGUCAGCUAGCGAGGACCCUGUAUUACCAGGCGAGUAUGAAACGCCAUUAAAUGUUAAAAAGGUUCGGUCUGUUCUUCAAGUUAUUACCAAGACGCCAGAGGCAUCCAUCUUUUUGUACCCGAUCGAUCCAAUUCGUGAUGGAGCACCAACGUAUUAUGACGAAAUCAAGCACCCGAUGGAUCUCAGCAAGAUUGACAAAAAACUGAAAAGUGGUGAAUACAAGACCAUGGGUGACUUUGCAGCAGACAUGCGCCUCAUGUUUAGCAAUUGCCGCCAAUUCAAUCCACCAGGCACGGCACCGGCACUCAUGGAACAAGUUGUAUCAAGUGUUUGGCGUCGAGAAUGGAGUCGAGCCAUGGAGCGCAAGCUCGAAUAUUCUCAAAAGCGAUCUCUGCAGAGCAUGAUGAGUCGCCUCAAACAGCAUCCAUCUGGCGGUUUGUUCUUGUACGCUGUGGAUCCUGUCGCGUUGAACAUUCCAACCUAUUUUGACGUGAUUCCCAAAGAAAAUGCCCGCGACUUGACUUUGAUUGGUAAUAAGCUGCGCUCUGAUCGGUAUGACAGUAUUGAUGCCCUUGAUGCAGAUAUACGACUCAUGCUGACGAACUGCUUCACCUUUAAUGCUGGCAACGAGCCCGUGUGCGACAUCGCCCGUGCAUUUGAGAAGGUAUACCAACAAGAAAUUCGCGCAGUACGCAAAGCCUACACGUAG